AUCAUCAUUGCGUUUUUUUUCUCCCUCGAACCAUAUCAGACCCGUGGUUAAGAAUCCCGACGCCAAAUGUUCCACAAAAUUUGCCGACCCGGCUACUUCUGAUUUUCAACAACAGUCAAAUUCUCCUUCAUGCCUUGAAUAUGUGCACAUGGCAUACAAAGUUCAUGGCUUUCUCGUUUGUCACUGCUUUUCGAGCCUCCCAUUAUCGUACUCUUACUCAGGUACCACUCUCUGAGAAAGGGUUAAUCAUAACAAAACCUGAUUCUUGGUUUGUCAAGAUAGUUUCUACCCUUUUUCUAUGUUCUACCUCUUUUGAUGAUAGGUUUUUGGAUUAUUUCCGUAAGCACUUAACUCCUUCUCAUGUCUCAGAGAUUGUUAAAAGGCUUAACAAUCCCAACUUAGGUUUCAAGUUCUAUCAGUUCACUAGGGAAAAGUUGAGUAUGUCUCAUUCAUUUUGGACUUACAAUAUGCUUUUGAGGUCCCUUUGUCAAGUAAAUCUCCACAGUUCAGCAAAAUUGUUAUAUGAUUCUAUGAGGUCUGAUGGGCAAUUCCCUGAUUCUGGGCUUUUGGGAUUUUUGGUUUCCUCUUUUGCACUGGCUGACAGGUUUGAUGUUUCAAAGGAAUUACUUGCUGAAGCUCUGCGCAAUGGGAUUCAAAUAAAGGUGAUUGUUAAUAACUUUUUGAACAUGUUGAUAAAACACAAUAAGUUAGAUGAUGCCAUUUGUUUAUUCAGGGAGCUUAUGAGAACACGUUCUUGUCUAGAAACCUUCACAUUCAACAUUUUAAUGCGGGGUUUAUGCAUAGCUGGAGAAGUUGACGAAGCUCUUAAGCUUCUCAGUGAUAUGAGAAGUUUUGGUUGUUCCCCUGAUAUAGUUACAUAUAACACUCUUUUACACGGUUUAUGUAGAAUCGAUCAAGUUCAUAGAGCAUGCGGUUUACUGAAAGAAGUUUGUCUAACAUGUGAGUUUGCCCCUAAUGUUGUUAGCUAUACGACAUUGAUAUCGGGUUAUUGCAGAUUGAGUAAGAUGAAAGAAGCCUCCUCUCUUUUUGAUGAAAUGAUUCGAUCCGGAAUCAAGCCUAAUGUCUUUACCUUCACUGCUCUCAUUGACGGCUUUGUUAAGGCAGGUGACAUGGUUUCUGCAUUAGGUAUGCACAAGAAGAUGCUUUUACAUGGCUGUCCUCCCAACGUUGUUACUUUAACAUCCUUAAUUAAUGGCUAUUGCCGGAUUGGAUGGGUUAAUCAUGGCCUGGACUUGUUACAUGAAAUGAAAGCACGACAUGUUCCUGCAAAUUUGUAUACUUUCUCGGUUCUUAUCAGUGCUCUGUGCAAGAGCAAUAGACUGCAAGAAGCACAUAAUCUUUUGAGACUAUUGAAGCAGAGUGACAUUGUUCCACAGUCUUUUGUCUAUAAUCCUGUCAUUGAUGGAUAUUGCAAAUCUGGGAACAUUGAUGAGGCUAAUGCAAUUGUGGCAGAGAUGGAAGAGAAGUGCAAGCCUGAUAAGUUGACAUUUACCAUUCUUAUUAUUGGGCAUUGUAUGAAAGGAAGAACACCUGAAGCAAUUGGUAUCUUCUACAAGAUGCUGGAAGCUGGUUGUACUCCAGAUGACAUCACAAUUAGAACGUUAAGUUCCUGUCUGUUGAAGGCUGGGAUGCCUUGUGAGGCUUCCCGCAUUAAGGAAACUAUAUUUGAGAAGCAGAGCACAUUACUGAAAGUAUGAAUUCGAUAAGUCAAUUAUUGUUCAUUAAGGUAAACCGCUAAAGCAGUGCUUAAGUUUUUCACCGUUUUGGUUUUGGGGAUACAUUCAUAGAUAGUCACCAUCGGAUAUUAUGAAUUUAAUAGAAUUUGAAUUCUCCAUCUUCCCGAGGUUCUGCCGAUCUUUUUGGAACACGUAGGCCUGCAGUUAAAGGUGGUGACAUGUUCUACCCCAGUACAUACUACACAUGGUCAUUUCAAAGUCAAAGUUAAUGCUUUCUCUCUGAAUUACUAAUUACUAAUGGCUACUAAUCGGUGUACCAAAUGAAAAGACAUUUCCUGUGGUUUCUGUGGUUUCUGUCAGUGCAGGUGCAUUUGCAACUGCAGCAGAAGGGCAAGAUGGACAAGUUGGACACCCAAAAUUGCAACUAUAUGUGGGAGAGUACAGCAAUUUCCAAAACCACAACUCUCUUUAGAGAUACAUGAUUUGGGGGAAGAGCAGCAACAACUCCACUUUGGUAAAGAGCAGCAUUUGAUGGAUGGAAGACAACUGCGACUGCAAUUGCAUGCUUGGCAGUCACAUCAGCAGCGUGUCAAUUUUAGUGGUAAAGAUAAUCCUUCACAGUAGCAAUAGCAGCAGCAGAUCCAAGAAAGGUUAAAAGAGGGCAUGCCACUGCACAUAAAAAGUUCAGGUACACACUACCAUUAGCAGAAUGCAUGAUUCAGCCACAUUCAAACAUGCGUUUGAUGCAGAGAAUACAAAGAAGACAACAUAACAUGACAGAAUUUUAAGGCUAAACCAGUCUUCACAGAAAGGGUGCAUGAGAUAGAUAUCAAGAAAUGCAGAAAUCCUACUUAUCAUUUAGUAUAAAAAGGCAGUUAGUUAUUGUGCUUAUAUAGUUAUUAUAUUAUAUAAAACUUGUUUUUAAUA